CCGUUUGCAUCCAUUUCCCGCCUCAUCUCUCUUCAAAACCUAACGGCUACUACCAUCUUCAAGAAUCCACUCCGCUAUCACUCACUCACUCACUUGUCUCGUGUGUGCCUCUUUCAAUUCAAAAAUGAAAGCGAAUCGCAGGUCCAAGAAGCAAGAUGCGUCUUCCAAGCUAAUUUUGGAAGAGAUUAUUGGAUUAACGACAAAGAAUGCCAAUGGUUUGGCUUCCAACAUAUCCACAGCAAGCUGUGCUUAUGUGGCAGGAUGCGUGGUGGUUGUUUACAAUGUGGAUUCCGGCAAACAGUCGCAUCUCAUGGUGUCUCAUAGAACGCCGAAACCCUUGCGCUGUGUUGCGGUGUCACAGGAUGGGCGUUUUAUAGCUGCUGGCGAGUCAGGGAAUCAACCUGCAGUAUUAGUGUGGGAUUGUUCAACUAAGGCUUUUGUAUCUGAACUGAAGGACCAUCUAUAUGGAGUUGAGUGCAUUGCUUUCUCACCAGAUGGGGAGCAUCUUGUGUGUGUUGGAGGAUAUAUCUAUCUAUGGAAUUGGCGGAGUGGAAUGCUGGUUACAAAGAUAAAGGCAAGUUCAUCUUGUUCUGCUGUUACAUCUGUGAGCUUCUCAGCAGAUGCAGAGUUUGUUAUUACUGCUGGAAAGAAGCACUUGAAAAUCUGGACAAUUGGAUCAUCUCCAGGGACCCGCUUAAACAAAGGGACAUUGUCACUGACAAUGCAUGGAAAACCUGUUAAUCUUGGUGCUCAGAAAGGAAGCUCAUUUACAUCUGUGACAUCUACAAUCCUUACCAGUAGAUGUGUUGUUAAUAAUAAACAAGCUGGUGAUCUGUUUGCUAUUUAUGCAUUAACUGAUGAAGGUGUUUUAUGCCUUGUGGAUCAUGGGUUGUCUGUUAGAAAUUCAGUGGAAUUAAAGGUUGCAAAAGGCUUUGCACUAUCUGCAUCUGAUAAGCUCGUUGCUUGUGCAUGUUCUAAUGGCAUCGUACUACUCUUUACAAGUGAGACUCUCAAUUAUGUUGGAAGUUUGCUGUACUCCAAAGCCAAAAGUUGCCAGGCGGGAACUGAUGUGUACCAUCCUAGUGCUCCUGAAAAGGGUUUUCAACUUUUGCCUGCCCUUCCUGAUGCAGUAGCUUGUCAAUUCUCUACCUCAGAAAAUUUGGUGGUUGUUUAUGGAGAUCGUACUCUCUACAUAUGGGAUAUCCAUGAUGUGAACAAGGCCACCAGGCGUUGCAUGUUAGUUUCACAUUCCGCAUGCAUUUGGGAUGUCAAAAAUCUUUGUUGUGAAAACAUGCAUGAUCUGUCACUUGCAUGUGUUGCUAGAGGUUGUCCUGGUGGAGUUUCUUUUGCAACAUGCUCGGCUGAUGGUACUAUUAGGUUAUGGGACCUUGCAUUGCAACCUGAUUUGGUAGAUCACGAUGCUGACCAUCAUAUUUUGAAUAAAGAAGCAGCGGUCACUGCAAAUUUAGUGAGUGCCGGGAUUUUUGAGCGAGAUACCAUGGAGGCAAGCACUAGCACCCAAGGGUUUCGAUCAAUGGCUACCAGCUCAGAUGGAAAUUAUUUGGCUGCCGGUGAUUAUGAAGGAAAUCUUCACAUUUAUAACCUACAUACAUCUGAUUAUACUUUAUUUCAGGGUGUCCAUGAUGCAGAGAUCCUUUCAUUGAGCUUUGGCUUGUCAAACAACAAAGAUGAUAUUUCUGAAGACUUUGUGGAUGGCAAUUACUUCCUUGCAUCAGGGGGACGAGACAGAAUCAUCCAUCUUUAUGACGGCAAAAGGAAUUUUGAUCUUAUUGAAAGCAUUUAUGACCAUUCAGCUGCUGUGACUUCUGUAAAGCUCACUUGCCAUGGCUCUAAGAUUCUCAGCUGUAGUGCUGAUAGGUCUCUGGUGUUCCGGGAUGUUUCUGCAACAGAUAGUGGUCAUCAGAUUUUGCGUCGUCAUCAUCAACUAGCAUCUCAUGGAACUGUCUAUGACAUGGCUGUAGAUCCAGCAAUGGAGUUCGUUGUCACAGUUGGGCAGGAUAAGAAAAUCAAUGCAUUCGACAUUGCUUCUGGGAAGCCAAUUAAAUCAUUCAAGCAGGAUAAAGAUUUUGGAGAUCCAAUUAAGGUUACGAUGGAUCCAAGCUGCAGUUAUCUGGUUGUCUCCUACUCUAACAAGUCUAUGUGCAUAUAUGACUCUAUCAGUGGAGAAAUGGUUGUGCAAGUCAUGGGACAUGGUGAAGUUGUAACUGGUGUCAUCUUUUUACCUGACUGCAAGCACAUGGUGUCCGUGGGAGGUGAUGGCUGCAUAUUUGUAUGGAAGCUGCCUGCGCAUAUUUCUUCCAGGAUACUGCAGAGAAUUAAGGAAAAAGCUGGUCUAUUGACUUACAAAAACUCAGUCCCGUUAGCUGCUUUUGGUCGAAUCAUAUUUUCUGAAAAGGAAGACCAGCAGUGCAUAAUGAAUUCUGAAGGUGUACUUCUGCCAGAUUCCAGUCAAGUUGCACAAAAGGUGCUUGACCAAGGAGGGGGGACUCGAAGGGCAUCAACAUUUAGGUUUAGCAUUUCAAGACUUCCCAUGUGGGCACAGACUAAAGUUGCACAUUCUGGUCUUAUACUGAAUCCUGAUUUCACUUCAUCUCAGCCACAACAAGAAGUAGAAGAAAAAAGUCCAUCUCCCUUGGUUAGUGAUGGUGGGGAAUAUGGCACUAUCUGCCGUGAAGCUUUCACCCGAAAGAGCCUUGAAUUUGAUGUGCAAGGCAAUGAAUCAUGCCUCAGUAGCUUGUCCAAAACUUCUCCUGAUACUAAUAGCAGCAGAAGUUCGACAAUGUCUCAAGAAAUUCUCAAGGACAAGCACUGGCAUAAUAUUUAUACGGUAUGUCUUGAUUUACUCAAUUCUCCAGAGGCACAGCUUUUAACAGAUGCAGAGAUGCCGGUCUUGUCAUCUAAUUUGUUACAAAGUCCUAAAAUACCAUCGAAUGGCGAGAGCUCUCUAGGGCAAGCUGACCUUCUUAUGGAUGAUGGGCUGAAAGCCCCCUCAAAAAGACACGCUUGUCCCCAAAGUGAUGGCUUUUUGACUAAUUAUGAUGAUCAAUUUGGGCAUAAGACAUGUACAAGUUAUAAGCCCGCUUCUGGUCAUAUGGAACAGCAGAGCUUGCAUAAAUCUGGAAGCCAAAUGCAUAAGGCUAUUGGAGAUGAUUACUACCAUAUGAAACUGGAAGACAACGAUCUUUUCCAGCAGCAUUUUUGCAGUUUAUCAGCAAGCUCCAAGGUAGACACAAGUAAAUCAUCAGUGAGAAGAAGGUACUCUGCACGAUAUGUUGUGCGGAGGAAUUAUCCUGGAGAUUGCAAGAGAUUGUUUGACACGCCAGCCAAUGAAGGUGGUAUAUCCUUGAAAUAUGGGAGAGAUGUUAAAUGCCAUACCACCUAUGAGAAUCCAGAAAUCCAGAAUCUAGAUGAAGUGCAAGAGGCAAAUUCUUGUAAACAGGAGGUGAAGAACUCCACGCAGAUCUCAAGUGAUACACUAUCACAAGGUGUAUCAAGUGAACGUUCCCCUACAAAAUAUUCUUUAAAAGCCAAAGAACCCAUGCAACAAAAGGAAGAGAUAUCUGAAGCAAAUAAUUUACAGCAAAGAAUAACCGCAUGCAGGGAAGCAUUGAGCAACUUAGAUGCUGCUGCUGAGAAUGUUUUAAAUCUAUUUACGGAAUUAGGAAGUCUGGUCUCUAAAGAAGAUAUUUCAGAUGGCGCUGAAACUAAGUUAUAUGAUGAGGCAGGCAAGCUACUUCCUUCAAUCUCUGAAAAGCUUGAUGCAGUUGCACAACUGGUGCAAUGCAGAAACAAAUAUUCAUGCAGAAGCAGGGGUGAAGGUUCAGGGUUUGAACCUCUUUUAGAAACACUUGCUGAGAAUUUAUCACAAAGAGUCGUGGAGAUGAUCAAGCAGAACCUCAAUAGGAAUUGACUUGCUCGUUUUCCUGACAAGCAAUAUACAGAGAAAUGCCUUGUGAAUAACAACAUUCAGAAAAAUGACCUAUGAAAUCAUGUUGCUUCCUUUUUUUUAUAUAAUUUAUUUUCCUCAGGAAGUAGCAGGAGACUUCUGUAAAUAAUUCUUACAAUAUUAUUGGUAAAAAAGAAAAUU